CCCGGGGGACCCGGAGCUCUGAAGAGGACGGACCAUAGAGGUUGUCUGAAGGCCGAGGCCAAGAUGGCGGCACUGGCGGCUCCCGGCCUGCUCCGCGGGAUCCUUGCUCUUCGCUCUGGCGUGGGCGCGGCUCUGCAGGUGCGCGGGGUCCAUCCGAGCUCGGCCGCUGACAGCCCAAGCAGCACCCACCCCGCCGUGUCCCAGGCCGGAGCCGUGGUCCCCAAACCCGCUGCCCUUCCCAGCAGCCGGGGCGAGUAUGUGGUGGCCAAGCUGGACGACCUCAUCAACUGGGCCCGCCGGAGCUCCCUGUGGCCCAUGACCUUUGGCCUGGCCUGCUGUGCCGUGGAGAUGAUGCACAUGGCCGCGCCCCGCUACGACAUGGACCGCUUUGGCGUGGUCUUCCGCGCCAGCCCCCGCCAGUCCGACGUGAUGAUCGUGGCCGGGACGCUCACCAACAAGAUGGCCCCCGCGCUCCGCAAGGUCUACGACCAGAUGCCAGAGCCUCGCUACGUGGUGUCUAUGGGGAGCUGCGCCAACGGAGGCGGCUACUACCACUACUCGUAUUCUGUGGUGCGGGGCUGUGACCGCAUUGUGCCCGUGGACAUCUACGUCCCAGGCUGCCCGCCCACGGCCGAAGCCCUGCUCUACGGCAUCCUGCAGCUGCAGAAGAAGAUCAAGCGUGAGAAGAGGCUCCAGAUCUGGUACCGCAGGUAGUGCCAGCCGCCUGGCCGCCCUGCUGCGCUGUUGCCCCAGAGGCGGUCAAUAAACCUGGUGAACCC